CAAACUCAAGUUGGUUUGACCAUAGGCAACGCUAAAACAUAAUCUUUUGUCGCACUUCUUUUCCACAAUUCGCCCUAUCAUAUAUUUUUCACAGUAUUUUAGCGCGAAUACAGAACCCACAUCCAAAUUCCCAGCGGCAACAGCCUCAAUUCUUUUUUUUCAAAAAUUCGUGUGACCCCAACUGCUAUCCCUUAAUUUUUGUCUUAAAAAAUUUAGGGUUUUUAUCUUUAUUUCAAUUUUAAAAAACAAAUUAUUGCUGCCCUUUUCUUACAUCGUGAUCCUGCAUCUCCACAAACUGAGAUUCAUUAAGAAGUUCGCGCAGAGAAUCAAUGGGCCGUUCUCGUGGGAAUUUUCACGCUGAUGAGGACCCCCACCAGAGGUCAAGGAGAAAAAAGAAUGCUGCCAGUGGAGAAAAUUUAGAAUCUGGAGCUUCAGGCCAAGGAGCAGGUGAUGGGAAAAAGGCUCUGUACCACUGCAAUUAUUGUAAUAAAGAUAUAACAGGAAAAAUCCGUAUCAAGUGUGCAGUGUGCCCAGAUUUUGACUUGUGUAUAGAGUGCGUUUCUGUUGGAGCUGAGGUGCAACCUCAUAAAAACAACCACCCAUACAGGGUUAUGGAUAAUUUGUCUUUCCCUCUUAUUUGCCCAGACUGGAAUGCAGAUGAUGAAAUUUUGCUUCUAGAGGGAAUUGAAAUGUAUGGCUUGGGAAACUGGGCAGAAGUUGCUGAGCAUGUUGGAACCAAAAACAAAGAAACAUGCAUAGAACACUAUACGAAUGUAUACUCAAACUCCCCAUUUUUUCCCGUUCCGGACAUGUCUCAUGUUGUUGGGAAAAACAGAAAAGAACUCCUUGCCAUGGCCAAAGGGCAGGGUGAAGACAAGAAAGGAUUUUCCAUGGGGGAUCUUAGUUUAAAGGCAGAAUCUUCCUUUUCUCCAUCUAGAGCCAAAGUUGAAGAUUCCCAUAAAGCUGGCUCCGCUAACCGUUUGAAUUCAGAGUCUGAUUCUGGCCCCUUGGGUAACACACAUGGUGCAACUGGUGCUAACCAAAAGGCAUCUAAUGUGGGCCGGGGAAAAGGAGGAGUCAUCAAAAUGGAAGAUUCUCAAAUAGACAGAGAUUUUGGAGGAAAGAAGCCAACUUCCUCAGGCAAUGAAGGCCCUUCUUUAGUAGAAUUGAGUGGUUAUAAUGCCAAAAGACAGGAAUUUGAUCCUGAAUAUGAUCAUGAUGCUGAACAACUACUGGCUGAAAUGGAAUUUAAGGACACUGACACUGAUGAUGAGCGAGAGCUGAAACUACGUGUGUUGCAUUACUUUUCAAAAAGGCUCGAUGAAAGAAAGCGUAGGAAGGAUUUCAUACUUGAAAGAAAUUUAUUAUACCCAAAUCCAUUUGAGAAGGAUUUAACACCUGAGGAGAAGACAGUAUGUCGGAAAUAUGACUUAUUCAUGCGCUUUCAUUCUAAAGAGGAGCAUGAGGAACUGAUUAGAAUAGUUAUCUCUGAACAUAGAACUCGUAAAAGGCUUCAAGAGCUUAAGCAAGCCCGGGCUGCUGGUUGCCGCAAUUCAGCUGAAGCUGAUAAAUAUCUGUUACAUAAGAGAAAAAGGGAAGCUGAAGAAAGUGCUCGUAGGACAAAAGAAAGUCCUCAGGUUGGCCCAAGCAAUCAGGGGGUUCCAAAUGCAUUAAUGUCUCCGGACUCUGCUGGCAAGGAUUUGAGUGCAAGACCUGCAGGACCUGCUACUUCUAGUUCUGUCAACGAAAUGGAUGUCACGGGAUACUAUGGCGCAGAUUUACUUUCUGAACCGGAGAAACGUUUAUGUUGUGAGCUAAGGUUGCCUCCAGCCAUAUAUCUAAAGAUGCAAGAGCAACUGUCUCUACAAAUACUUGCUGGCACUGUCUCUGCAAAAUCAGACGCCCAUCAGUUGUUCAAGAUGGAUGCCAUGAAAAUUGACAGGGUGUAUGAUAUGCUCAUUAAAAAGGGAAUUGGUUCACCCUGAGGCCUCCCAUGCAUCUGAUGUAUCACCUCAUGAUAGAUUAUUCUCUUCCAGCCUUCCUUGAUUAAAAUAAAUUAAACUUGUAUAACAAAGUUGAUAGAAAUUUUGAAGUACUGCAUCAAAGCUUUAGUAAUGGGCUGAGUUAGAUAAAAGAUGGAUGGACUAUACACACAGGUUAAUUAUGAUUUUAUCUGACAUCUCUCAUGCUUCUCUCCCUACCCAACUCACCAACUCCAUGAAUGUGGUUGCAUCUGUACGGAGUGGAUAGACAUGGCAAGCUAAAGUAAUGUAUUAUUAUGUAAGCAGGGUCAAGGUGUUGGUUUUAUUUUAAACUUGGGUAGACUCAAAUUUUGUUUAUUCAAAGUCUUCUAUAUCUAUAGAGUUUCUACAGCACUCAAGUUUUUAAGGUACUGAUGCCCUUUGAUGGCUUGUUGCACAAUUAUGGGUUACUCUUUCUCAUAAUAAAGUAUAGGUUUAUUUGUGUUUUUGAUUUC